AUGUCCACAGGAAAAGUACUAAUCAUCCUCUCCGAUGCCGACAAGUUCGCCAUCCGUAAACAAGACGGCGGCAGCGUCUCCCAAGAAGACACAGGCGUCUUCCUGACCGAACUCGCAACACCCCUCGGUCAGCUUCUUGAUGCCGGCUAUGAAGUCGUCUUCGCCUCACCCGCAGGGAAAUCUCCCAGCGUAGACCCGCUCUCCGAGUCACUCCUCGUCUACUUCGGGAACUGGUGGACAAAGCGAAAGGACCAGGAGCUUAUCAAGCGAAUGGAGAUCGAGAACAACAUCCGCAAUCCUCGCCCAUACGGAUCCAUCUCUGACGAAGAGCUCCAGUCCUCCGCCGGGGUCUUCAUUCCCGGAGGCCACGCACCUAUCACCGACCUCGGCGAAAACCCUGAGCUUGGCCGCAUCCUCCUUCAUUUCCAUAACGAGCACAAGGCCACAGCGAUAAUCUGCCACGGCCCGUACGCGCUACUCUCAACCAAGUACGCGCCCAACUCGCCCGGAUUCGCGUACAGGGGGUACAAGCUUACCUCCUGGUCCGACGCGGAGGAAAAGCUCGUCGAAAUCCUCAAAGGCGGCAAAGUCUCUAACAAGGUGGAGUCUUCCCUUGCGGCCGAGGGCGCCGACAUGAUUAGCACGGCCGGGAAGAAGAUGGGCGGCAUCACUGUCGACCGCGAGGUCGUCUCUGGCGCCAAUCCCAUGGCCGCGACCGCGCUAGGUAACAAGUUUAUCGAGCUGCUCAAGGCGCACUGA